UUUUACGUUUGUCGUGUCAUAAAUUUUGUAAAGCUGUUUUGGUUGUUCACGUUUCGUGUCUCUAAGACUUAAAAAAAUGCGUUACGUGGCUGCCUAUUUGUUGGCUCAUCUUGGUGGGAUCGAGAAACCCUCAGAUAAAGACUUGCAAAAGAUCCUGAGCAGUGUUGGCAUUGAUGUUGAUGAUACUCUUGCUAAGAAAGUUGUUUCAGAACUGCAGGGCAAAAACCUUGAUGAACUGGUUGCUGAGGGACGGAAAAAGCUAGCCAGUCUACCAACUGGAGGGCCUGCCACAGCUGCUGGUGCUCCUACCGCUGCUGCUGCUGGCAAGGUUGAAGCUGUUAAAGAAGCACCCAAGGAGGCUCCCAAAGAAGAGGAGGAGGAAGAAGAAGAUGGUGACAUGGGAUUUGGUCUAUUUGAUUAAAAACUGCAUCAUCACAAACAUAUUUAAUAUUUUAUCCAAUUAUGUGAAACAAUAAAUAUGUGAUAAGCUAGU